UUUAAAUAGCUAACAAUGAAUGCUUUCAAGCAGAUGCUAAUCACGAUCUAUGAUUUUCCAUUUCUUACUCAGCCUGCUUUUGUGAGCACAGUCUCAGUCUUUCUUUCAGCAAUGUGCAUGCUGUGUGUGGGGAGAAGAGAGAGAGAGGCAGACAAAGCAUCAGCAGCUUCCUGUGUCGAGGAACAGGUAUAUGAAGUAAACACUGGGACAAUGGAAAGACCACUUGAGGCUACCAGGAUGGAAAACAAUACCUCUUCCUGCUUUCUCAUGGAAAGAAAGACUCGUGUCAAGAUUAAUAUGAAAGAAGUCAUGCUAGCUAAGCUGAGGAAGAGCUGCUCCUGCACUCCAAAGAAGUUGAAGAACUUUGUCAUGGAAUUCUUUCCUGUUUUACAAUGGCUUCCUAAGUAUCAGUGCAAAGAGUACAUUUGGGGGGAUAUUAUGUCUGGGUUAGUGAUUGGGAUUAUUUUGGUGCCACAGGCAAUUGCAUACUCACUCCUGGCAGGUCUGAAGCCCAUUUAUAGUCUUUAUACAUCGUUCUUUGCCAACAUCAUCUAUUUCUUAAUGGGCACAUCCCGUCACGUCUCAGUUGGCAUUUUCAGCUUGAUAAGCUUAAUGGUAGGACAAGUUGUGGACCGAGAACUUGUCUUGGCUGGGUUUGACUUGAAUGAUGAUGCCCCACCAGCCUUGGGUGAUGGCUCUCUGCAGAAUGGCAGUCAGUUCAACACAACUGCCUUCAACCUACGAUUGAACACAACUGCUGGGAUGAAUGCUGAAUGUGGGAAAGAAUGCUACGCUAUUGGCAUUGCUACAGCCUUGACAUUUGUGGCUGGAGUGUAUCAGGUUCUAAUGGGGAUAUUUCGACUGGGUUUCGUAUCUAUGUACCUAUCUGAGUCUGUACUAGAUGGCUUUGCAACUGGUGCUUCCUUAACUAUUUUAACAGCUCAAGUGAAGUAUCUGAUUGGAAUAAAAAUUCCACGUAGCCAAGGGCAUGGGAUGCUUGUUAUUACCUGGAUUAACAUUUUCCGGAACAUUUCUCAGGCUAAUGUUUGUGAUAUCAUCACAAGUGCCAUCUGUAUAGUGGUGCUGGUCACUGCUAAGGAACUGGGGGAUCGGUAUAAGCAUAAGCUGAAAUUUCCUCUUCCUACAGAACUGGUAGUUAUUGUUGUGGCAACACUGAUUUCACACUACGGGAAGUUAAAUGAAGUGUAUGCAUCCAGUGUUUCUGGGACUAUUCCAACAGGAUUUAUUCCCCCCAAGGUACCACAUUUCAACUUAAUGGUCCGAGUAGCUGUAGAUGCUUUGCCUCUUGCAAUAGUCAGCUUUGUCUUCACUGUAUCCCUUUCUGAAAUGUGUGCAAAGAAAUAUGCUUACACCAUCCGAGCCAAUCAGGAAAUGUUUGCUGUGGGAUUCUGCAACAUCAUUCCUUCAUUCUUUCACUGUUUUGCAACAAGUGCAGCCCUGGCAAAAACACUCGUCAAAACAUCUACAGGCUGUCAGACUCAGGUCUCUGGAGUAAUUAGUGCAAUGGUAGUCUUGCUGGUGCUGCUCUUCUUAGCACCUCUCUUCUACUCCUUGCAGAAGAGCGUCCUGGCUUGUAUCAUCAUUGUCAGCCUUCGAGGAGCACUGAGGAAGUUCAAGGAUGUGCCUGCACGGUACCACACGAAUAAGGUGGACACAAUUGUUUGGGUCGUUACUAUGUUCGCCUCUGCCUUGAUCAGCACAGAAAUAGGGCUGUUGGUUGGCAUUGUAUUCUCCAUGUUAUGUAUCAUUGUUCGAACACAGCGCCCACGGACAGCCUUGCUUGGUCAGAUCCAAGACACCAGCUUUUAUGAGGAUGACUCAGAAUAUGAAAAUCUCUCUCCUGUUCCAAAGGUCAAAAUAUUCCGUUUUGAGGCCCCACUAUACUAUGCAAAUAGAAACUAUUUUCUAAAGUCUCUGUACAGAUUGACCAACUUAGAUCCUAACCUAGAAGCUGCCAGAAGGAAGAAAUAUGAAAAGAAGGAAAAGCAGCAACUGAAAAAGCGAGAUCACACAACUGCUAAUGGCCUAGGCACUGGAGAAACCAUUCUUCAACUGGUUCCUAAGCAAAUUGACUUCCAGGCCCUUGUUCUAGAUUGCUCUUCCAUCUCAUUUUUGGACACCACUGGAGUUAAUACUUUAAAGGAAAUCCUGAAAGACUACAAGGACUUAAACAUUUCUGUUCUCCUGGCUUGCUGCAAUCCUUCAGUGAUAGAUUCUCUGAAAAUAGGAGGUUACUUUGGGAAGGAUUCUGGAAGUAUGCAGGAAAUGCUGUUUUACAGUAUACACAAUGCUGUGCAGUUUGCAAAAGAACAAAUGCUUCCAGCAGAUUGCUCAGUUUAAUCCUGUAUCUUCAUUGAUGAUUAACUACACAGGUGAUGGAUGAGGAGGGGCAGUUUGCAAUAACUAAAUUAUCAGACACACCGUUGGCCUUUCCCUCUUGAAAAGCUCUGCUGUUUGUCAGUUGCCACAUAGGACAAUCACUGCGGAUGCAGUCCAGGACCAGGAUGGAACAGAUUGGAUUAUUACCUGCACUUUCACUUCAAAAUGCAGGUGAUCCACCAGAUGGCAGUUUGGGAUUGACUUCCCCCUUGCGCCAUGACUAUAUGUGACCCAAUAUAUAGAUCAUGAGAUUGUUGUGCUGUCUGCCCAGUGUCAGUCAACUCUCCCAGUGGUUUAAUGGCUGGUUUGUGUUAAUAGGGAUAAGCCAUCUCCAUCAAAAUGCAAUGGAUCUAGCCUCCUGGACACAUAAUGGUUUAAAUUCUGACUUGUAAGGCCUUACCCCUUCUGUCAUUCUAGGUGUCCUCCUAGACAACUUCCACUAUUUGCAUACAAAUAAAUUGUAUAAAAUAUUGUGGAAUAUAGCAAGUCUCUCCACCUUGAUUACAUCAGUUUAAUGACACAACGUGCCACAAGUCAGAGAAAGCACAAGUUCCCUCUCAAAACCAUCAUUUCAAAAAAUUAUUCCUGGAGUCACCUGUGUUACUGGCUUCAAUCUGUGGUAUUAAAUUACUGAAGGUUUUGAUACUCUUAAUGACACUGGAAGAAAUAUGACUCAGAUGUACAAUUUUGUAACUAGUAAGAGGAUCAACAGGAUUAAGAAAAAUGAAUGUCUUUAACUGGCAGUCACACAGUUACCCAGGUAGUUGUACCAUCCUGUAAAAGUAAGUUGACCCCAGUGGGCAGAUUCAGCUCCAAUUCAGGAACACAUAAGCACCAUCAAACACAAAACCUCAGAACUGUGAUGCACUACAGCACGUUCUUCCUACAGCUGCCUGCAUGGGUGCAAAGAGAAACAGGAGUAAAUACGGUAGGGUGGGAAGGUAAAUGGGUGAUGUAUCUAGAAGGGAAGUGAUGUGUCAGUGAGAACUGCCUGGCUGGUCUUCUCUGAUGCAAUGCUAAUGAAGCUUUACAGCAGCAUACCUGGGCCAUCACCUGGCAGCAACACUUUGUAAGUUGUGAUUCCCUAUAUGCUGGAAAACUUCCAUCACUGAACAUGCUACAGACAUUUUGGGGAUUUUUUUAUUUUAUCUUAUUUUACUUUUUUAUUCCUAUUGUAUUAUGCUUUCACUUGAGGUCCACUAAGCUAUUUUUUUCCAGAGCUGGGUUACUUUCUAUAACAAUUUGCAUUAACUGCUGUACUUGCUGCUGUAUAUCAAAUGAUACCCCUCGAGUCAGUUGUGCUGUUAUAUUUACAUGCUGUCUCUCUACAAACAAACAUAGAUUCAGAUUUUGACUGUAACACAGCUAGUAUUCAGUGUUCUAGCAUUGGAACAAUACCCUCUCUCAUACUCAAGCUUAUAACUACCAGCAGGAAAAGCUGCCCUAUCUUUCUCUCCUUAUUUGUAGCUGGUUCACACUCAGCAUCAAGCAUGGAAGGCAUUUCUAUCACAGCUGUGCCUCUUACAGUUAGCAGACUCUAGAAAUACAUUCAAUGUAUGCAGAAGCCAUUUUUCUGCUGUGCCAUUUAAAAAGGAAAGUUAGGCCAACACAUCAUGUGACUCGCUUAUUUCAACUUUUCAGGUGAUUGAAUGAAAGAACACUCAAACUGAGGUUCUCCAGGUGCCCCAGAGCCUGUCUGGUUCUCAAGAACAAAUAUUUUCUUAAAGGAAAAGCAGUACAUGCCCUAAAGACAAAUAAAAAAUGUCUUCAAAAGGAUUGAGAAUAGCACAAUAUUAGGUAAGUGAUUCAAUGCUGACAUUUUCAUGUAUUCACUAUAAAAAAAUGCAUACCAGCUGCACAGCUCAGUACCACCAGAGCAGUAAAACGUGAUAGAAACGUCUCUCAAGAGAUUAAAGGAUUGACCAAUGGCAGCAUUCUCCUGCCAUAAAACAAUUUAAUUACAUUAUUAUUUAAAUUGCUGACUUGGUAUGACUACCUUUUUCUGUCAUAAAAGCAAACGGACAGAGCCCAAGGACAAAGUAUUGAUCCCACUUUUGUUUUUAACCGUUCUUUGAACAGGAUAUACCUCUUAUAAAUUCCUGCUAGGGCCUAUCAUGAGGAAGUGGGUUUACAGGAGUUCUUGCCAGACAGUACCAAUACAGACAGUCUUAGGUUGUUUUGCCAAAGUAAGGUGUUAAUGGUAGUCAAAUAAAAUUGCUUCAGUACAGAAGAACACACAUCCUAGCAAUCUGGACUUCUUUUAUCGGUUAAGUAACCAGCCUAGAACAUGAAGAAAAAACAUGCAAAAAUAUCCUUAACUCUAGAUCAGUAUCGUUUUAAAAGAGAAAAAAAUAAGAACGAUUCCAAUGGAAGGUGUAUCCCUGCAACAGUCUCUGGAGAAAAACAAAAAGACGUUACCCCUCUCUUAUCCAAAAGGCUGAGAAAUUAAGAGACAGGAGUCUCUUUUUCAUCUUGUUUAUUGUAAGAAUGGCACCAAAUGAUAUCUAAGCAAAGAAACUUGCCUGUGCAUAAAUGGGGUGUAAGCUUUAAGACUUUUCCUAGGAAGAAGCGAUUUACCAGAAGAAACUGUAAGAGCAAUUUUCUGUUUCAGCUGCACCGCCAGAGCUGGCUCUCAAUCAAGUUGUUGUGUUGGACAACGUCAAACACAGCACAGAAACAGCUUUCAGUACUAUGAUGUAGGGAUGCUGGGAGACUGUAAAUUAUUUCUAAGGAGCAUGUAAAAGGUAACUUAAAAAGCAAUCCUUUCCCUGGCACGUGUAUGUUUGCUAUACUGCAUUUUAUAAAGAUUAAUGUUAUGAAGACUGAAAAUGUUAAAAAUUGUUGAUUCUCUUUUCUCCUGUUCUACUAGGAAUUAGGUAUCGUGACUUUGAGAGGAGCUGGGAAGGGGCUGGUAAUUCCAACCAAAUUAAUACUAAUGUUGAAAUAAAAUCAUUAUACGUCUUUUAGAAAAUGUUAUAGGCAUAUGUAGAUUGACUAUUUUGCUGUGGUGCCUUGUAUAAAACAUGUAUCCAACAAACUUCAGUACUGCUACAUAAGAAUAAGAAAGGAUUCAUAACUUGUGGAUUGUUUGGGUCCCAUGGAGCUGGGAACAAAGUUGCGAAUCUUUACCUCAAACUCUCCUGUUUACUAGUGCAGCAUGACCAGAGCGUGUGAUGUAGGUGUCUAAAUGGCUGUAUUUAUUGGCACUAGUAACUAAAAUUCUCGCAACUGUCCAUUCCUAGAAAGACACCUUGGGUUCCCUUGUAAACAUGAAUAUUUCUGUGUCUCAUGACCUAGAGACAAAUGUGUGCUUUCAUUUGGAAAAUAAAACUAGCAGUUCUUUGAAAACAGUU